AUGGAUGACCUAGCCUCAUCACCAAAGAUGACCACUAAUGGUCUAGAGAAGCACGAAGAAGAGCAUGAUGUCCCCAAGACAAACGAAGAGAGGAUUGCACAACUAGAACAGGAGUUAGAGAAGACAAGAGCCGAAAGUGACAGCUGGGCAGAGCAAUAUCGUACUCUCUUGGCAAAGCUCACUACUAUGAGAACUACUUUGGGGAAUAAGCUUCAGCAAGACGCGGAGGAGCUUGACCGGAGGGAACAGCACAUUAUGCAAUUGACUACCACCAACGAGGAUCUUUCCAGUACCAUCGAAACUCUGAAACAAGAGUUAAACAACUCACUGGAAGACUCAUCCAAUCUUUCGCGAGAACUGUCUGCGUUUAGACAACGCGCUCUGGAUUCGACCUCUUCUGCUGAUGCAGAAUUAGAACAAAUGAGAGCCGAGGCAGAGCACACUCGGAGGGAUUUGGAGAUAACUAGAAGAGAGUUGGAAGAGGAACGGCUAGAUAGGGAGGAAUUCGAACGAGAGGCGGCUCAAGAAAGGGUCAUGGCCGAAGAGCUCAAGGCCCAGCUGGUAGUCUUGAGGAGAGAAGUCGAGCAGGCUGCAGCCCAGAGGAACAGGGAGGCUGAGGCAGUUCAGCGUGAGAAGGAAAAAAGUGCCAAUUUACAGUCAGUGCUGGAAGACUUCCAGCUCGCCAAGGAUAUGGAAAUCCGACAAGCUCUCGCCGAAUCUGAAUCUACCCUGCAACAUACAAUCAAGCAGCUAGCAGAGUUUAAGUCCCGUGCAUUACAGGCGGAGGCAAGUCGGUUCAGCGUCGAGCGCGUUAGCACCCUCGAGAAAGAAGUGAAGGAAAAGAACUUGCUAAUAGGAAAGCUGAGACACGAAGCUGUGAUUAUCAAUGAACAUUUGACCAUCGCUCUCAGAAAAUUGCGCAGCUCUGCCGCUUCUUCGUCGUCGUCAGUGGACAGGGAGCUCGUUUCGAAUAUCCUACUUUCCUUCCUGAGUGCCCCGCGCACUGAUGGAACAAGGUUUGAAAUGCUUGCCGUGCUAUCCAACAUACUUGGAUGGGGGGAAGUUGAGCGUGAGAAGGCGGGCCUUCAGAGGAGUGGUGGAUCUGGAGCCAUAACGCCCAUAGGUACAGGUAUCAUGCCACGGAAGGCCAGUAGUGCAUCGGCCGGAGGAAAGGCCUUGGAAUUGGACGGAAGUGAUGAAACCGACUCAUUCUCCAAGAUGUGGGUCGAGUUCUUGCUGAAGGAGGCUAAUCAAGGUAGCGCCCCCCCGACUCCUACUGGAGCAGGCCCCGCAGUUGGGAUAUCAGUGCUCGGGUCUCCCCGAACGGCCAGCCUCUCAGGCCUACCAAGCCUGACAAAAUCUAACUCGAGCCCCAUCUCUAAACCUAGUUCUUUGGCAUCUCCAACCACUCCAACUCCAUCAAUAACACCUCCCCGGCUUUCCACUUCCUCUCUCUCCCGUUCGUCCUUGGGUGUAGGUUUAGGCAUACCGAAGCGUGGUGAUGCUACCUCUCCCCUGGCGAGAACCGAAAUUGAGGAGCAAUAG